GGGAGCGCGCGCGGCGGCGAAGGCGGCCGGGCGGGGGGCGGGGCCGGCGCCUGCAGAACCUUGGACAGAAGCUCCGGAGCCGCCGCCGCCGCCGCCGCCGCCGCGCGAGCCCCGCCGAGCCCCGCCGAGCGCCGCCGGGCGCGGGAGCCGCCUUCCGCCGGAUCCGAAGGGGCCCGCCCGCAUCCCGGGAGCGCCCCCGCCUCGUCCCCCGGGCCGCCGCGGGCUCGCUGAGCCGCUCCCUUCCUCCGGCCGGCAGGCUGGGCUCGCAGGGGCGCGGGUCCCCGCGCGGCGCGCAGCGGCACCAUGGGCACGGUGCUGUCCCUGUCCCCCAGCUACCGGAAGGCCACGCUGUUUGAGGAUGGCGCGGCCACGGUGGGCCACUACACGGCCGUGCAGAACAGCAAGAACGCCAAGGACAAGAACCUGAAGCGGCACUCCAUCAUCUCCGUGCUGCCCUGGAAGAGGAUCGUGGCCGUGUCGGCCAAGAAGAAGAACUCCAAGAAGGUGCAGCCCAACAGUAGCUACCAGAAUAACAUCACGCACCUCAACAAUGAGAACCUGAAGAAGUCGCUGUCGUGCGCCAACCUGUCCACCUUCGCCCAGCCCCCGCCAGCCCAGCCGCCCGCGCCGCCCGCCAGCCAGCUCUCGGGCUCCCAGACCGGGGUGUCGUCCUCCGUCAAGAAGGCCCCGCACCCCGCCGUCACCUCGGCAGGGACGCCCAAACGGGUCAUCGUCCAGGCGUCCACCAGUGAGCUGCUGCGCUGCCUGGGCGAGUUCCUGUGCCGCCGGUGCUACCGCCUCAAGCACCUGUCCCCCACGGACCCUGUGCUCUGGCUGCGCAGCGUGGACCGCUCGCUGCUGCUGCAGGGCUGGCAGGACCAGGGCUUCAUCACGCCUGCCAACGUGGUCUUCCUCUACAUGCUCUGCAGGGAUGUCAUCUCCUCCGAGGUGGGCUCCGACCAUGAGCUGCAGGCCGUCCUGCUGACCUGCCUAUACCUGUCCUACUCCUACAUGGGCAACGAGAUCUCCUAUCCGCUCAAGCCCUUCCUGGUGGAGAGCUGCAAGGAGGCCUUUUGGGACCGCUGCCUCUCGGUCAUCAACCUCAUGAGCUCCAAGAUGCUGCAGAUCAACGCGGACCCCCACUACUUCACACAGGUGUUCUCCGACCUGAAGAAUGAGAGUGGCCAGGAGGACAAGAAGCGGCUCCUGCUCGGGCUCGAUCGGUGAGCCCGGGAGCCUGCGUCCUGGCUCCAGGAUUCAAUUCAUUUUAAGAAACAAAAAAUUUAUUACGAUACCAAUCAGAUUUUGUGUACAGUAUCCGUCUAGCGAAGCCGCCAAGGGCCUCUCUCCCUCCCCACCAUCUCUCCCGGGGGGUUCUCUGCAGCCCUUGCCAAGAAUUCCGGGCUCCGUUGUUGAACUCCCGCGAACCGUGUGCGAAACCCAGAAGAUGUAUACCCCAGCCGCUCAGGCCCCUGGCCUCGCCCUGCGGGGAGCUGGAAGGCGUGAGCCCCCCUGGCACCCCUGCACCCCUGCAGGCUGGAGAAGGGCCUCUGUCUGUUUGGGCCCCAGAGGAAUGGGCCUUUCUGCGCGCAGGCCCUGCCCUGGCUCCUGUGUGGGGCUGCGUUCUCUCCCCGGGGAGCCAGCGCCCCUGACUGAGCCGCACCAGAGGCCCUCUGCACUCUUCAGCCCGGAGAUGCCGGCCUGGGGCUGGGACUCUGUCCUGUUGUUGGGCUGCGCAGGACCCUGGUUUGCUCUUUUCUUUUUUAGGGAGAAGGGCUUUCCUUUAGUGGGGACGUGGACCAUGCCCGACCCCACCCCACCUGGCCCCCCCAUCCCCCCCCCCCGCCUGGUCCCUUUGUCCCCGCUACCAGCUGUGUUGGUAGUGUUGGUUAAUGAGCUGGUUUGACUCAUUAAGUUCUUUCAUUUUGGGUCCCAGCUCAAGGGGUGGGGUGAAGCUGAGGACAGCUCCUUUCCUGGGUGAAUCUGUCAUUUGAAUAAUGCAGCUUAGUCAUCCUGAGGGGAAGGCCAGGACAGCUGCAGGUGCCCAUUAUCGACAGCCCGCCUGCCUUCUGGGCGGGCGGGGGCGCCCUGCCUGCCUCUGAGCCGGGGCCUGUCUCAGGGCUCAGGCUUCUUGGUGGUGCACAUGACAAUUGUCCUGCAGACCUGGGGUGGGGGCGGGGUGGGAGGGAGCAGAAUGGGGGCCCGGAGCAGGCAUCACGGUGGUGUAAUGCCAGAGCCCUCUGUCCACCCCUGCUCUCAUUUAAGCUGUUUCCUAGCAGCUCAGUUUCAUCUGAUGGUGGAGCCUUUGCCCUGCAGGGUCCAGUGGGACGGCUGGGUGCUUGGAGACAAUUCCUGCCAGCCCCGGGAAUCCUGCGGAUCCGACAGCUGCAGCUGCUGGCCUGGGCUUCCUCCUGGCCCCGGUGGCUGCACUGUACCUCGUCCCGUUUUCUUUCUGCUUCUCCCAAGAUUGGUGGCUUGGGACUUGGGAGAACAUCAGAAAGGAGCGAGUCUUCUCCAUGGCCCAUCACUCCAGUUUCGGGGAACAAAGACUAACGUGAAGAUGCUACAGAGAAUUCUCUCUUCCAGUGCCAAUCCCCUGGGGCUGUGUCAGAAUAUGGGGGGGCGGGGGUGCUAGCUGGGGGUGGGAGCAGAGGGUGGUGGUUUUACAUGGGUUUAGGUUCGAGGGGGCGGCUGGCUUCAGCACAAGCACUACUGAAACUCUCCUGAAAAAAAAGAGAAAGCUGUGAAAUUGAGCUUCCGGUUUAAGAGGCCUGGAGCCGAGCUUGAUGGCCUGAGCUGCUUCCCAGACUUAGGGAGGAGGGCCAGCCCCACUGAGCGCACUGGCCAGGGCCCACGCCCGGCCCGGACACACCUGGAGGUGCCCACCGAGCGCCCCGAGCAAGACUGGCAGCCAGUCUGCGACGGAGCUGGAAGGAGGCUGUGGCUGCUGGCGCAGACCUCACUGCGGAGCCUCUUCUCAGUUCAGAUUCUGCUGCCACGUGUGACCUGAGGUAGGAGGGCCCUGGGGGCAGUGGCCCGGAGGCCCGGCCAGAAGCGGGAGGCUGGGGUGCUGAACUCCAGAGGAGGGGGGCACACAUUUGUGCUCACACAUGGCGCUGGCUGAAACUGCGGUGAAGUUGCACCCACAGGAUUCCAGUUUUGCGUGUUUCCUUCUCUUUCUCCAUAUUUAUUUUUUUAAUCUUUCUGGAGGCGGUGCCCAUGUCAGGAGUGGCUGGGGACUAAGGAGACGCCUAGUUCCAUCAGCGGGAAGCCACGGCCGCCUAUCCCCCAUGCACUGGCCGUCAGUAUUGUGUAAAGGAACAACCGAUAUACUUGAGUGUGCAAGCAAUGAUCCCAUUUGACAUGCUGCUAUGAAGACUACUUUUAGAACAAUUAAAAAAAAACGAAAAAAAAAAACAACGUACAAAAAACCCCCCACCUUAUUCUUUAAUUGUUGCUUUUACAGUGAUAUUGUGCAUGCAAACCGGGAGCAUUUUGUGUCUUAAGAAAAAUACUCUUUAGAACAGAUGGCUGUGAAAAUUACACCCGUGCACAGAACAAGUCACAGGAAUAAUAGUUCAGGAUUUGGUUUUUCUCUUUUCCUUGUAAACCUGAAGGGUUGGUAUAUUCUUUCCAUGCAGUUCUUAGGAUUUCGUUUUGUUCCAACAGUUGUUACACUUGCAAUGAAAAGAAAAUGUGCCAUUUUUUUCACUUGGAAUUAUUCAUAGCUGUAUAUUUGAAACUGCUAAUUAUACAUGUGCGGUGUAUGUUGGUUUUUUAGUGCAAUUUCUUCCGUAGCUAUUUUUUGACCAAACCGUGGGUAUUGUUAAAAUAUUAAUUUAUCUUUGUCUCAUUUUGUAUGUGUGUGUAGCGUGUUUGUAGGUGUGUGUGGUUUAUAAUCUGACAAGGUCAUGAAGCUCAGUUUGGCUGUAAUUUAAUUCCCCUUUCCUUAUUUUUAUUUAUUUUUGUACUGUGCUGAUUAAAUAAAAUGCACUGACCAUCCAUUA